AUGACUGGCUUCUCCAUCAGGUCCUUCGCCACCACCGAAGCUGCCAUCGCUGCACCUGUUGUCAAUACCCCAAAAUCCAUCAGGUCUGCCAUGAGCAUCGAGAAUCUCUUGUCCGACCCCGUCGAGGGCCCCGCCUCCCAAGAACCCGCGAGUAGCCCCUCGCAGAAGACGGCCACUUGCGAUGCCCAUGAAGCUGGCUCUGCGGCUGCCCAAGACCUCGCCUGCACCGACGAAGACAUGGUCGAACCGAGCGAUGCGCAGGACAGCACCGGUGCGUGGAGCUCCAUCGAGCGAGAGUUUGAGUGCAUGUACGACGAGUACUCGCAGUGCCGCACCGGCCAGUAUACCCUCAGCCUGGCCCGCAAAGUGAUCUCGAACCAUUUCGGCCGCAACAAGGCCUGCACCCGCCUCAUCGACGACUGGCCCCUGUUCUGUCGGAAGCACUACCAGCGCGCCACGUACAAUUCGGAGCAGUGGCAGCGACGCAAGGUCGCUCUGAUCAUUCGCCAGUUUGGCAUCAUCAACACCAAGUACCCUGGAAUGACGUACACCGUCGCCCUCAAGAAGUCGGAGAUGGAUCGACUCAACACUUUCGCUCGCGCCAUGGACGCCGGCCUGAGCCCCCAAGAGGCAGGCGCCAAAGUUGCUCCCGUGGCAGACGUCAAGUCGUUCCAGGCUCCCAUUGACGUGCUUCGUGAGCUCCAGCACCAUCUGGGGCCCAACAAGACCAUGGCCGACGUCACCCAGACGAUGGUGGAUAUCAACAAGAUGCUGCAGGAUGGCGACACCAAGGAAAUCCCUGCGAUUGAGUUCCUCAUGGAGGCACCCGAGACGAAGACUACCAAGUCUCCGCAAGCUGUGAGCAAAGCAUCCCCGGCUGGCGCUCGUGUUUCUCCAAAAGGCGCUGUCAAGAAGCCCGGUCGAAAGUAG